GAAAUUAUUACAGUAAUUCUUUUAAAAAAAAAAGUUCAGAAAGAAAGAGUGAUUUGCUCAAGGUCACACACAGCGAAGGGUAACAGAGCCUUUUAGGAAACCAGGCUCCAGAACGUCUACUCUUUGUACCAUUUCGUUUUGCCUUUGUGAGAAAGGACACACAGUUGUCAGGAGAAGUGGCAUCUGUGUCCUGGAGGUCUGGGGUGAGCCCAGGGGGAGGGUGAUGUUGACCUUCUCCCCCAGCAGCAGCCACAGGGACCUCAGCAUUAUCGAGAACCAGCUGAAUGUGUCCACCAUCGACCAGGUUGCCAGACACUUGAGGGGCCUCCUGGAGGAGGAGUGUCGUACCUUGGAAAGGGAGAUCUGCAUCCUGCAGUGCUGCCUGGAGGAAGAGUACUCACGGGCUUACCAGCCCUCUGAGGCCACCCGAGAGCCCACCCUGGCAGUGCUCACUCUCUCAGAGCUCAAGGAACAGAAGAAGGCCAUGGAGCAGGAGCUGCAGGCACCUCUGCGGCCUUCCUGCGUCUCUCCCAGGUAAAGCAAAGCAGGUAAAUGGCUGGG